AUGUCCGCCUUCGCCCUGGAGGAAACGCUGGAGGCCGACUGGGUGGCCGUGAGGCCUCACGCCUUCCAGGAGCGGGAGAAGCACAAGUUCGUCUUCAUCGUGGCGUGGAACGAGAUCGAGGGCAAAUUCGCCAUCACCUGCCACAACCGCACGGCGCAGCGCCAGCGCAGCGGCUCCCGCGAGCUCCGCCGCGGUGGCCCCGCCGGCCCCGAGGCCAGAGCCGCCCCCAAGGCCGGCAGCCCUACGGUGCGCAGGGGCCCGGCCGGGGGCGCGGACUCCGGCCUGCCGCGGGGCUCCUCGCAACACCGCGGCGAGGCGGGGCUGCGGGGCUCCGAGCGGGGCGCGGCGGCCGAGGCGCUGCCGAAGAGCCCGCUGCGCGCCAAGAGCAGCCCGGCCCGGAGGCCGCAGCGGGGCCCGGAGGCGGCAGGUGCCGCCGAAGAGAUAGAAGUGCUGGAGCUGGGGAAGGACGAGGCGGCCGCCGCGCUGUCGCUCUCGCCGUCGCCCUCGCCGCUGCAGGCAGCCGAGCCGGCCGCUCCCGACGCGGAGCCCGCGGGGGAGGAGUGCAGCUGGGCUGGCCUAUUCUCCUUCCAAGACUUAAGGGCUGUGCAUCAGCAGCUGUGCUCGGUGAACUCGGAGCUGGAGCCUUACCUGCCUGCCUUCCCCGAGGAGCCCUCGGGCAUGUGGACGGUGCUGUUCGGAGCCCCGGAGCUAUCCGAGCAGGAGAUGGACGCUCUCUGUUGUGAACUGCAAGUUUAUUUGGUCCACAGCUUGGAUACCUGCGGCUGGAAGAUCCUUUCGCAGGUACUCUUCACUGAGACUGACGACCCUGAAGAGUAUUAUGAGAGCCUGAGUGAGCUGCGACAGAAGGGAUACGAGGAGGUGCUGCAGCGGGCCCGCAGGCGAAUCCAGGAGCUUCUGGAAAAACAUAAGAACACGGAAAGCAUGGUAGAGCUGCUUGAACUGUAUCAAAUGGAAGAUGAAGCCUACAGUAGUCUUGCAGAAGCUACCACAGAGCUCUACCAGUACUUACUACAGCCAUUCCGAGAUAUGAGGGAACUUGCAAUGCUUAGAAGACAGCAGAUAAAGAUCUCGAUAGAGAAUGACUACCUAGGCCCCAGAAGAAUUGAGAGUCUGCAGAAAGAAGAUGCCGAUUGGCAGAAAAAAGCCCACAUGGCUGUGCUUUCUAUUCAAGAUCUUACAGUUAAAUACUUUGAAAUAACAGCUAAAACACAGAAAGCUGUGUAUGAUCGAAUGCGAGCAGACCAGAAAAAAUUUGGUAAGGCAGCAUGGGCAGCAGCAGUGGAACGUAUGGAAAAGCUUCAGUAUGCAGUUUCUAAGGAGACGCUGCAGUUGAUGCGUGCUAAAGAAAUCUGUUUGGAGCAGAAGAAACAUGCACUGAAAGAGGAGAUGCAGAGCCUGAAAGGUGGUACAGAAGUCAUAGCGCAUUUGGACCAGUUAGAAGCUGAUUAUUAUGAUCUACAGCUUCAAUUAUAUGAAGUGCAGUUUGAGAUCUUGAAAUGUGAAGAGUUGCUGCUGACAGCACAACUUGAAAGCAUCAGAAGACUGAUGUCAGAGAAGAGAGAUGAAGUGGUAUAUUACGACACUUACGAAAGCAUGGAAGCUAUGCUUGAAAAAGAGGAUAUGGCAACAUCUAUAUACUUGCAAAAAGAGGAGCUGCAGAAGUUACAACAAAAAAUCCGCCAGCUGGAAGCAAGGCGUGGACGUAUUUCAGCCAAGAAAGCCUACCUCAGAAAUAAGAAGGAGAUCUGUAUCGCAAAGCAUAAUGAAAAGAUCCAGCAGCGUCACCAGGGUGAGGAGAAAUACAAAAUGCACCAUACUGUUCAGCUAAAGCGAGAUCAAUUACAUGAUGAAGAGGAAAGAAAGAGCUCCUGGGUUAGUCAAGAACGUCAGAAAACACUGGACAGACUUCGCACAUUUAAACAGCGGUACCCUGGGCAAGUAAUACUUAAAUCAACGAGACUACGGCUGGCUCAUGCAAGAAGAAAAUGUGCAGCCAGCUCACUGUCGUGUGUCGAUCAGCCUCAGUCUUUGCCAGCAACCAUACAAAUCCAAGAGAAAAGUGAAGAGGUCGAAUUGGAAAAUGCAGUUCAGCCUUUGCAAGUGCAGGAAUCCACAAGCUUAGAACAACUUCAAGAUAUCUCGUUACCUCCCAAUGGUGUUACCUCUGAACUGCCUCAUGUUAGUACUUCUCCACUCAGCAGUAAUGAGCUUCAACCAGAGACUGUUACUGUAGUACCGCUUCCACCCCCUUUGCCUCCACCACCUCCGCCUCCACCUUUGCCCUCAAAGGAAGAUGCCACCAAAUCCUUAGAGAAAAGUGACAGCUUUGUUAAACGUCAGAGUGAGGAGAAAGGAGUCCAGCACUCUUCUGGUGUCCCACCAGCACAUCUGUUUGACAGCAGUCAGCUAGUCAGUGCCAAGAAGAAGCUUAAGAAGACGGGUGAUUUAGAGGGUUUACAGAGGAGGAGAGUGAGUUCCCCGAUGGAUGAAGUGCUGGCUUCCUUGAAACGUGGCAGCUUUCACUUAAGAAAAGUUGAGCAGAGAAGUCUCCCUCCUUUUCCUGAUGAAGAUGAUAGCAAUAACAUCUUGGCACAAAUCAGGAAAGGGGUAAAACUGAAGAAAGUGCAAAAAGAUGUUUUGAGAGAAUCCUUUGCAAUUCUGCCUGAUACAGACCCUCUGACAAGGAGCAUCCAUGAAGCAUUGCGACGAAUUAAGGAAGCAUCACCUGAAUCAGAGGACGAGGAGGAGAGUUUGCCUUGCACAGACUGGGAAAAUUAACCUGUGAUUCACAGCCACUGAUGUGAGAAAAGAAACCCCAGUUGAAGAUUACUUUUCCUCUUCAUUUCUGAAAAUUCAGAGCCAGCAGUUGUGACCAUCAGUUCCACAGGAGGCUUUCUUUGGCAAAGAAAUAGUCUUUCUUUGGCAAAUGAUUCAGUAUAUGGAAAAAAUGGCCUGAAAUGUUAAUUUUUGGGUCACUUUUUUCUUCAAUUUGUUCCAAAAAUUCUGGUUUGGGCAGAAAGCUAAGUUGUUUAGAUGUCCAUUUUAUACAACCAAGAAUGCCCGAUUCUUAAGCACUUUUUAUAUUUGUGUUAGUAAUGUGUGGCCAGUUAAGUGAGGGGGGCAUUUUGAGUUGGGAGAAUACUUGCUUCUGGAGUAACUUUGGGAUUCAAGCCAAGACAUCAAACCAGUUAUAAAACCUCCCCUUCACUGUACUGAAUAUAUCAUCUGCUUGAAAAUCCAAUUAAAUAGCUCCUUGCAGAGAAGCUUGCUAUGUAGCAGUGUCAUAUUCCAGGAAGAGCAGAAUUCCUAGUUGCACUCCAGUAGCUGAAAUUCAGUAACGUGCAACAAUGACUUUUUUUUCUUCUUAGUUUGAAGAAGUGUAUGUCAGUAUGAAAAGUAACAAGUGACCACAGCACAACGAGAAGUAAGAGUUGAAUUCAGUACACAUUCAAGAAUGUGUUUGGUUCCAACAUGGUACAUUUAGCAAGACAUACUGCAGCACCUUUUUAGAAGGUCAUUUGCAGUCUUACACUUUUUUAAAGCAGACAUUUUCAUGCUUUUUUAAAAUGAUAUUUAGCUAUGCUGAACCAAGUUAAUUAUACUU